UCACAGUUGCCCAGAUGGAACCUGAUGAAGCCGUAACUCUACUUGUCACAGCGUUCCUACAAAAUGGAAGAAUGGGGUUUGUACCGGUCGGCAGAUGGUGGCGGUUCCAAGGUGGUUGGAGCCACAAGCUGUAUAGACCUCUGACCAGCCUGGCGCACCGUCAACAGUUCAUGAACCUACGGGGCAGAAUGAUGAAGGUUGCUGCCGUUGACAACUGGCCUUGGUUCGGUUUGAAGGAAGGCCCUACAGGCGAACCUUUGGCAGAUACAGGAAUAGACGCCAGCAUCAUUACCACCAUAAGCCAAGCUCUCAAUUUCACGAUCGAAGUCGUUAUUCCCGAGGACGGCCAAUGGGGUGGUCCUCAGCCCGAUGGAACAGUAUCAGGUCUCAUUGGGAUGGUGUCCAUGUACAAAGCUCACUUUGCAAUCGACGAAAUUACUAUUACAGCGUCAAGGGAGACUGUCGUGGACUUCACCUUCCCUUACUACAUCGAGUCCUCGACGUGCGUCUCCCGGACACCGAAAGAAAAGAGCAGGGCGUUUGCCGUGUUUUCCCCUUUCACCCCGGAGGUUUGGCUGGUGCUGGGACUAAGCGUCUUCGCUUACAGCUUCGCGAUCUAUGUCACGAACCUGCUCUCUCUAUCGACUCCUGAUAGAAGAAGAAGCUCGAAAGACAUGACUUUGGAUCGCAUCACCUACAGCACCUUCCGUAGCCUCGUGAGAAUGGACAACACCUUGGUGCCUCCGUCUUGGUCCAUCAGGUACCUCUUCGGUGCUUGGUACCUGUACUGUUAUUACAUCAAUUCCGUGUAUUCUGGAGUCCUCACGGCCUACCUGAGCGUCCCCAGUUACGAGAAGCCGAUAGACUCCCUCUCCGAUCUCCUCGGUGCGACAGACAAAGGAUUUUAUCCCGUGAUCUUCAGAGAAGGAAGCAUCGACUUCCUCUUCAAGUCUGCAACCUCGGGCGUUUACCGCGACAUCGGAAAUCUCAUCUCGGGAGAGAAAAACUACGUCGACGUCAUCGCAGACGGCGUUGCUGCUACUCUUUCUGGUAAGGCUGUCUACAUUGAGGCCCGCUUGGCAUCUGAAAUGCAGACUCUCAAACAAGGCCAAGAGAAGUUCUAUAUGGGACGUCAAAGCUUCUUUCCUCAAAAAUAUGGAAUUGUUUGCCGGACAAGAUCGCCCUUCAAAAGUGUCAUGAGUGACAUUCUGUCGCACCUGAACGAAGGCGGCCUCAUCAACAAAUGGAAGAAAGAGCAAGUACUAAAACUGGGCCAGAAUCCAGUAGCCGGUGGCCGGGCUUAUCAGCGCCUAUCUGCAGUUCCCUCUGCACUGACCAUAGAACAUUUGCAAGGUGGCUUCUUUGUCUACGUGAUUGGUAUCUUCGUAACGUCCCUUGCCUUCCUGGUAGAGAGGCAGAAUUUGUAUUGCAGAAGGGCGAACAAAGCAUCACAAGGACCGAAGUAGUGAUACGGAAUAUUUUUGUGACUUUGCAGCCUACGUGGACUGAAAUCUGAGUCCGAACAGUCUUGCUCACUAGUUGCUCGGAGUUAGAGUCUGCGGCGGUGGUACUAGGCCAUUUUAAUCUAGCAGCAUGAAGGGCAGCGCUAAAGAAACUGAAGAUGUGUAUUGAUAUGUAAUCUAUAAUGGUGUUAGAUUUAGAGAUACAUUCAGAGAAUAAAUGAAGUUAAACACUGCGUGUGUAAGAACAAAUAUUAUCUAAAAUCGCUAAAUGUUGGCCAUAUGCAUUGCAUAACGGGCUUCUGUAUGAUAACCAUAGACCAAUAUCAAAAUAAGAAAACCCCCUUGAAUUCUGCAAAUAAAAGAGUAUCUGAAAAAGUUAAACAUAAACUUGAGUAAAAUUCAAUCAAUUAAAGGCAAGUAAUUUAAAGAAAUUAUAAAUAACAGACAAAAAAGCGUGGAUGACAGAAAUAAAGGCAACCUAAAACAUCUAUAGAAAAUAUCAAGAAAACAAUGGAGAAGCUACACCAGGUAUGAUAACACCGAAAAAAAUGCUGAUCAGUAGUACUACGUAGAUUAGGCACUAGAAUUAAGCGAUAGAAAUGGGUUAAUAAGGGAAGAUAUAAAAUGGUUUUCUCUGAGGAAAUAACAAAAUUUAGAAAAUUUCUUACGCUACUGCACAGUACGUAUAUUGUGAUACAGGAAAUAAAUUUGGAAUAGCCCAGCAGCCAUAUCAAGCAAAUCAAGAUAAAUUGGUCGCUAACAUCAUUCUAUUUGUAGAUCUACGAAAGAAGAAAUUGAAAAUAGGAAAAUAAUUUAUAAAAGAUUUUUGGAAUUACAGACAGUAAACGUAAAUAAACACAAACAAGAUAGGAAUAGAACGAGUAGGGGAACAGUUUCAGAGGGAGCUCUCGACUACUACUACUACUACUACUACUACUACUACUACUACUACUACUACUACUACUACUACUACUACUACUACUACUACUACUACUACUACUACUACUACUACUACUACUACUACUACUACUACUACUACUACUACUACUACUACUACACGGGUCUGCCCGCCCCGCUGACAGUUGCUGUCAUGUUUAAUCAAGAAUCCUAGUCUGGCUGCUUGUUGUGGUUCGACUGCCAUAACAACCGCUUAACAACAAGAGAGCUUGUGAUAGGUUUUGUGUUAAAACCCAAGUAAAAAUCAGCAAUAGGAGUAAAGAUACACCGGGAGUUACAUAGGUUCAUUUUCAAAUAUUGGCCUACCUACUCACAAGUUUGUAAUCUGGGGUGGAACUGACAGUUACCAACCAGUGUAAAUGAGAUGAUGAGGGAAAAUUGGAGUUGGCUUGAAUUUUAUCCUUUGGAUCACCUCUUGUAGAACAGUAUGUUAUAGCAUCAGCUGAACUCCAACGGCACCAGAAAAGUUGGAUGACCCAGACAUACUUAGAUGAGAACUAUGAGGGAGAAGG